UCCGGUAGGCGGGCGUAGCGGAGGCCGGUGUGGUCGGAACCCGGGCGGAGGCAGGGCCGGCGCCGCAGGACUGAGGCGGACGGCAAGCGGGCGGCCAGGGCAGGGCGUCAGGCCGGUGCAGGCUGCGGGGCCGACGUCCGGGCCGCGGGAGCAGGGACGGAAGUUGGGGCGGGGCGGACCCGGGGGUGUUCUGAGGAGGCGGACUGGGGCGCCACGGGCUUCUGAGGGGCGGCUCGCCCCCUUCCGGCCCGGGGCUGGUCGGCGGGGCCGCGGGGGCAGGGCGGGCUGCGUGCUGGGUCUGGCCCUGCUCUGCGGCCCGCGCUCGGCGUUCCGGGCCUCCGGGCCUCCGGGCCGUGCGCCCGCCCAGGGGCUGCGGGUCUGGCCUCCAGGUGUGGACCUAACAGCGCCCUGUAGCCUUCUGAAGCGCUGACAUCUGCGAAGGGCUUUGUAUUGUAAACUCAAUCAGAGCGCGUCGUAGUCCCGGAAGCGCUUUGACAUUCCCGAAGUAGCGCUGUGCAAACUGAAGCGCUUGGUAAUCGCGGAAGCACGUUGUGGGCUCGGAAACCAAAUCGAACGAAGCCUUUGGUAAAUCCUGGGACCUUCUGGACUUCCCCGAAGCGCUUUGGAAUCGCAGACAUUCGAAGCGCUUUGACAUCUCUGAAACCUUGAGCACUGUGAUGGGCAGUGGAAAGAAGGGGGAAAGGUGCCCAUGGCGUCGGAGAGGCGCAAGGUCAAGUACCACUGGAGCAGCCCUUCGGAGCCGAGUUCCCGCAAGCGCAGCUGCCUCCGGGAGCCCAGUGAUGUGGCCCCCUCCAGCUGGUCAGCUCACAGCUCUGUGUCGCGUUCAGGAGGGGCCAGCAGCCCCAAGCGCAUGAAAACCCAGAAGGAGCAUGGUGUGUCCUGGGGCUCAUCCCGCCGCAGAAGUUCCUCCUCCUCCUCCCAUUCCUCUGGCCCAGGUGUGGGUGGGGCCGCCUCCAAAGGAGGCCUGAUUCAGAGCUCAGGAGAGUUCCUUUCGCCAGGGGGAUCCCCUCGGUGCCCUGCCAGACCUUCUCUAGAAGAAAUGGCUUCUCUCGAGGAGGAAGCCUGCAGCCUUAAGGUUGAUUCCAAAGAUAGUUCUCGUAACCCCACGGAUUCUGAAUUUGCAGCUGAAGCUGACGUUCAAAAUGACAUAAUUGAGGAACCAAACAAGGUCCAGAAAAGGCAGAGGGAUAGACUUCGAGACCAAGGCUCUACCAUGAUCUACCUAAAGGCCAUCCAGGGCAUCCUGGGAAAGUCGAUGCCAAAAAGGAAGGGAGAGGCUGCCAUGAAGGCAAAACCCAACACGGCAGAGCGUGCCAGCCGCGGAGAGGGGCCAGCCCGGAGUGUCACCAUAUGUGCUCCUCAGAAAGAGAAAACGUCUGCCCCAGAGGUCAGAGCGGAGGAGGAGGAGGCUGUGCCGGAGAAGAGCGGCUUCUGGGACAGGAGAGUGGUGAUAGACCCUCAGGAGAAACCCAGCGAGGAGCCUCUGGGUGGCCGAAGGACAGUCAUUGACAAGUGCUGUCCAGUCCUGGAGUUUUUGGAUGACUCUGACUCGCAUGUAAACGGCCAGAAACCUAAAGACCGGGAGGUGGUGAUGGAGCGCAACUCUUCAGGAAGUGACUGGUCCGACGUGGACGAGAUUUCCACAGUCAGAUUCUCUCAGGAGGAGCCCGUAUCCCUGAAACCCUCAGCGGUUCCAGAGCCUUCUCCCUUCCCCACGGAUUACGUCAUGUACCCGGCUCACUUGUACAGCAGUCCCUGGUGUGACUACGCCAGCUACUGGACCAGCGGUCCCAAGACCCCCGGCUACCACUCCGUGGGCAGUGGCGGCAGCGACACCGUGCAGGUGGAGAGGAGCGGCCGGGGCUCUUCCCCCCACUCAAUGGUGAGCCCCCAGCACAACUCCAGAGAGCGCCAGGCUGCUGAGGAAGGCAGAUCCCGGAAGUCGCGUUCAUCUCGUUUCUCCAGAAGCUUGGAAGAAGAAGAGGUGAAGGAGAAAAGAACAUUCCAGGAGGACGUGCCGCCACGUCCGUGUGGAGGACCCGCAUCUAGCUCCCUGCCCAGGAGCCGUCAGGAGCCCAGGUUGGAGGGUUUCAUCGACACCCAUUGUCACUUGGACAUGCUCUAUUCCAAGCUGUCGUUCAAAGGGAGCUUCACAAAGUUCAGGAAAAUUUACAGCAGCUCCUUCCCUAAGGAGUUUCAGGGCUGCAUCUCCGACUUCUGCGAUCCUCGCACACUGACAGAUGGCCUCUGGGAGGACCUGUUGAAAGAGGAUCUGGUGUGGGGGGCCUUUGGCUGUCACCCCCAUUUUGCACGUUACUACAAUGAGAGUCAAGAAAGAAAUCUUCUGCAGGCCUUAAGGCACCCCAAGGCCGUGGCAUUCGGGGAGAUGGGCUUGGAUUACUCUCACAAGUGCACCACGCCUGUCCCGGAGCAGCACAAGGUGUUUGAGAGGCAGCUGCAGCUGGCCGUGUCUCUCAGGAAACCCUUGGUGAUCCACUGCCGAGAAGCUGAUGACGAUCUGCUGAAAAUCAUGAAAAAAUUUGUGCCUCCAGACUACAAGAUUCACAGGCAUUGCUUCACCGGCAGCUACCCGGUCAUUGAACCCCUGUUGAAGUACUUUCCCAACAUGUCCGUGGGCUUCACGGCGGUCCUGACCUACUCCUCUGCCUGGGAGGCCCGGGAAUCUCUGAAACAGAUCCCGCUGGAGAGGAUCAUCGUGGAAACUGAUGCUCCCUAUUUCCUGCCUCGACAGGUUCCCAAGAGCCUUUGCCAGUACGCCCACCCAGGCCUGGCCUUGCACACGGUUCGAGAGAUUGCCAGGGUCAAAGACCUGCCGCUCGCCCGCACCUUGGCCACCCUGCGUGAGAACACCUGCCGCCUCUACAGUCUUUAAGCAGAGGGUGCCGUCAGGAGUCUCCCAGAAAAGGAUAACCAGUGGCCUGGCAGGAGAAAGGCCGUGUGAGCUCUGCCUGUGUGUACCUGCUCGAGGAUGUUUGAGAGCCCGCUGGGAUGGAGGAAACCCGGACAGGACGUUUCCUGAGACCUCGUCGGAGGCUUCCGCUUCAGGCUGGUUGGGGGUGGGGCCGGCGUGUGGGGGGCUGGUGAGGGGCUCGGGCUGGCCUCCCGGCUGCAGUGCUCCAGGGCAGCCUGGGAAGAAGAGGAGGCUGAUGUGAGGGUGCAGCGAGCUUGCCCGCCCAGUGCCUGUAUCCGCAGCUUGUGGUGCGAGCAGUCUGUGAAUAAAGUCACACUGCUCCUCAGCGAAGUGCACGUAGGCGUGUAGCUUGGUUCCUGGUUCUCCACUGUCAACACGAACCCCCGGUGGGAGAUCUCCUCUGGGGGACAUUUGCCAGAGACCUGUGUUAGAGGCUGAUGCUCCUGCGGCCAGAGAAGGCAGCCCCUCCCUUCCCCGGGUGACUCUUCAGUCUGGCUCUCACUGUUGCUGCGUCAGCUCCGAGUUGGCACUGGCGGAAGGACCUUGGCUGCUGGUCUCACUGGUUCCACUGCCAUCAAUAUGGAGGGGCCAAAGGGGCGCUCACGGUCCAGGGCAAGUCCUGGCCGAGGAACAUCUGGACAGACUGGGGGACUUGAGGAGGAGGAAACCUGCUUGAGGAAGACGACCCUGAGGAAGGUGAUCCCACUUACCGAGGCCCCCAGGGCUGCAGCUCAGUUGUGUUAAACUGACAGGGUCCAGUCUGCAGCAGAUGCUGUCUGCUAGUCUGCCGUCAGGGGGUCCCAGCUGCCCUGUGCUCCACUUUGCCCCCUUCUCCUGGAGCACUGGACCAGAAAUACUCCUUCUGUUUCAUCUCAUGUGACAGCCCCUUGUGUGCCCCAUCCAGGUCGAGAGGUAAACCAAUUUAAUUUUCCAAAGCUCUGCUGGCGCUGCCCAGCCCUGUUCUAUUGCCUAUGCAGAACAAGAGGCCUGGUGUCCGUGGAUCUCCCGUUCCCCGUCUUGGGGCUCUCCCUUGCCUUGGCCUCUGCUGCGUCCUUUCUCCGUGGUGAAAGUGAGAGCCCCUUCUUGGACUUUGAACAGCCAGGUCAUCUCAAGUUCUGAGCUGCGCUCUGCUCCCUGCUGGUGCCUUGUAAAGGUGUGUUCAUUACAGGCCCUGGAAGGUUAUGACGGUCAAGGGUUAAGUGUGAGGAUGCUCUGCAUUUGGGACAAAAGGAUCCUUUUUUCCAAUCUUCCUCAGUGCAACAGGCCACCCUGAGUCCCUUGUCUGUUUCUUGGAGGCCAGUAGCUGAAAUCGUAAGAUCCAUCGCUUAUGCUGGAUGCCUCUAGGUGUUUGUGGAAGGUGCUUUUGAACCUUGUAACCUGCAAGGGAAUGGACUUUGCAUUUCAUAUGUGGUAUUUCCCUCUUGCCCCGGUACCCAAGUUGCUGGCCUGGGAAGUAGGCCUUAAUUCACUGUCGACCUUCCGUGGAUCAGCUGUGCGUCAUCUGUGCCGCAGAUUUGGCAAAUCCGGGGCCUUGUUCUCCUGCUUGGAAGAUUUGGAGGACUAAGUAUUUCACAGCGCUUUGUUGUCACCCAAUGAACUGUCCCUUAUCCAUCUCCUUCACAACAAGGCCUGUACAUCACAACUGCCUCCGAGGGAAACCAGCCGGGCCUGUGUUCAAGGACUAAGAGUGAUAACUCAGUGGAUGUCUCUGAGCCAUUGCAGUCUCCCUGCCAAAGUAAAGCACAAGGUGCUAUAUACUUUUAUCUCCAGGAUUUAGGAUUAUCAUUUCUGUUACUCAGUGAAACAUUACCUGUGUGGGAGUGAAAGCUUGUUGGCAUUGUUUUUGAUUGGUUUUGGAUGGCUGACUUGAUUGUUUUUGCUGUGUUGCCGGAAUGCCUCUGUAUCUCUGCCCCCUCGCUCCCUUUGACCAUCUCUUUCUGAAAAUAAAGUGAUGGAUCUUCAGCCAACUCCCAUGGUCUCCAUGUUCGUUUAUAUUUCUCAGAGUGUUAACGAUGGUUUAGUUGCUGACUAGCUUUGUAACCUAAGAAUCCAAAGGUCUGGAGACAUUCACAAAUAUACCUGUGCCUCAGCAAAAUUCAACUGGAAAGGGCUUCCCUGGUGGCACAGUGGUUAAGAAUCCGCCUGCCAAUGUAGGAGACACGGGUUUGAACCCUGGUCCGGGAAGAUCCCACAUGCCGCGGAGCAGCUAAGCCCGUGUGCCACAACUACUGAAGCCUUUGCUCUAGAGCCUGCAAGCCACAACUGCUGAGCCUGUGUGCCACAACUACUGAAGCCCACACGUCUAGAGCCCGUGCUCUGCAACAAGAGAAGCCACUGCAUUGAGAAACCUGUGCACCACAACGAAGAGUAGCCCCCGCUCGCCGCAACUAGAGAAAGCCUGCGCGCAGCAACGAAGACCCAAUGCAGCCAAAAAUAAAUUAAUUAAAAAGAAAAGAUUUGCUAAAAAAAAUAAAAAUUCAACUGAAAAGGGCUUCCCUGGUGGCGCAGUGGUUGAGAAUCCGCCUGCCAAUGCAGGGGACACGGGUUCAAGCCCUGGUCUGGGAAGAUCCCACAUGCCACAGAGCAACUAAGCCCGUGAGCCACAACUACUGAGCCUGCGCGUCUGGAGCCUGUGCUCCGCAACGAGAGGCCGCGACAGUGAAAGGCCUGCGCACCGCGAUGAAGAGUGGCCCCCACUUGCCGCAACUAGAGAAAGCCCUCACACAGAAACGAAGACCCAACACAGCCAAAAAUAAAUAAAUAAAUAAAUAAAAUUUUAAAAAAAAUAAAAAAAAAAAAAUUCAACUGAAAAGAAGAAUCCCUGGUAACUUCUUAAAAGUUCUGCUGCCUUUGAGCAUUAACUGUCAUUUUACUGCCUGGAAACACCCAAAUACACUGCUGCUGCUUAGCUGUGAAAGAUACAUAGAUGCCUUCUUUGUUCCAGAGCAACGCAGUAGGAGGAGGAAAAAUUGAGUACACGAGGGUGUUGUUGAUGACUCGGUUGUACUGUGGGCUUUGGACUGUGAACUCUGAUGCCGCUGGGUGAACUUUGGAGGAAAUUCUGUUUCACUGCUUGCAGUCAGUCUUCCAGUUUUGUCCUAAGGUAUCCUUGAACACAAGUAAGUGCUCAAGCCCAAAGUAAACCCGUCAAAAGGGAGGCUCUGUUCCAAGAAUGGUAAGGAAAUUUGGAAUCUGUUGAUGCCUCAUCUCAGAUGCACAGUCAUUGGUGUGCGUAUUUCCAGCACAUUCCUCACUGUCUCAGCUCUGUCCCAGCUGGACAUAUGGCAGCUGUGUCCACUGGACAGUGAUAGUCUCUUUGUGGCUGGAAAUCUGCUCUUGGCCUUUCUGGUGUUUUACAUCUCUCUUUCUGUAUUAAGUUUGGGACCAAUAGUAAUCAUUUACCGUGAACACUUUCAUUUUUGCCUCAGGCAUUUCUGUAAGAUCAGGGCAAAGGGCCACUGAAGUGUACGGUGCUUGAAUAAAGUGUCCAGGAUGGCAACAGAACUGUCAGUCAGUGGCCAGGCAGCCCUGUGCUCCCUGUAAAUGCUCAUUUGUCAAUGAUGUUUGGAAGUGGAUUCAGACUAAAGGAAGGUAACCAAGCGUGGAUCUCUAUUAUUCUGUCUGUACACCGUCGUAAGAGAAUUUUUUACCCCUCUGUAAGCGUGUAAGAUGUUAAACACGGGCUUCCCUGGUGGCACAGUGGUUAAGAAUCUGCCUGCCAAUGCAGGGGACACGGGUUUGAUCCCUGGCCUGGGAAGAUCCCACAUGCCACGGAGCAACUAAGCCCGUGCUCCACAACUAAUGAGCCUGCAAGCCACAACUACUGAGCCCGAGUGCCACAACUACUGAAGUCUGUGUGCCUAGAGCCUGUGCUCUGCAACAAGAGAAGCCACGGCAAUGACAAGCCCUCGCACCGCAACAAAGAGUAGCCCCCGCUCGCUGCAACUAGAGAAAGCCCACGCGCAGCAACGAAGACCCAACGCAGCCAAAAAUUAAAACAAAUUAAUUAAUUUAAAAAAAAGUUAAAUACAUGAGCUGUUAUACUAAUGUACUGGGUAUAUUAUAAAAUAAAAAAGUUGUUUUAUAA